GUGCGAAGUUUGUAGUUGAGCGUCUGAGCGACUGAUCGACGAUGUCUGGCCGCGGGAAGCAGGGCGGGAAGGCGCGCGCCAAGGCCAAGUCGCGCUCGUCGCGGGCCGGGCUGCAGUUCCCCGUGGGCCGCGUGCACCGGCUGCUGCGCAAGGGCAACUACGCGGAGCGGGUGGGCGCCGGCGCCCCGGUGUACCUGGCGGCCGUGCUGGAGUACCUGACGGCCGAGAUCCUGGAGCUGGCGGGCAACGCGGCCCGCGACAACAAGAAGACGCGCAUCAUCCCCCGCCACCUGCAGCUGGCCAUCCGCAACGACGAGGAGCUCAACAAGCUGCUGGGCAAGGUCACCAUCGCGCAGGGUGGGGUGCUGCCCAACAUCCAGGCCGUGCUGCUGCCCAAGAAGACCGACAGCCACAAGGCUAAGGCCAAGUGAGCCGGCCCCGCGGAAACGCGCAAAGCAGCGAAGUGAAACCCAAAGGCUCUUUUCAGAGCCACCCACAGUCCCGAG